CCCCCCGAGGGAGUGAGUGUCGCCCUUUUCUCUCUCUACCUCGAAACCCACUUUCUCUCUCCUAGGGUUUCACAGCUUCUAGAUCCUAUGGGAAAUCAAACCUCAUCAUUUUACUACUACCUCUGCACUACUCACAAUGCAAGCUUCCUCGUCUCUUUAGCUCCUUCAUUCAUCGCGUAGUCCUUACCCUCCUUCACACACGCAAAAGCAGCUAUAUGUAGCAGUAGCUUUUUACAGCAUUACCUUGUCCGUACUAUGGAGUCUCUAUCGUUUCAUUUCAAUGAUGCAUUACGGUCUUUAGUUUCAUUGUCGUUCUGUAGUUACAAUAUUUAAGGUCUUGGUUUCGGUCUUUAAUCGUCAUUUUCGCCAUUCUAUUUGAACUUCGAAGCUCAAACUCAGUCCAGGGUUUUUGUGUUUUUCAUAUCAGACGAUAACAAUGUCAUGGGUUGAUGAUGAACCUCAAACUGAAUCUACACAGAGAAGAACAACUCGGUCGAGUCUACCCACAUAUGUCCCUCCAAACCUCAGAAACAGCGUCACCGGUCGUAAUGUCUUUGUCAAGCCAUUUGGUUUCACCACCGAUUCAUCAGACCGAUUCAACCGAGCCGUUUCAAGUCGUGGCCGAGGCCGAGGCAGAGACGGUGGCCGGGGACGAGGCCGUGGUGGUGGCCGAGGCCGAGGCCGAGGCCAAGGCAAAUUUUGGGUCCCUUCCGGAGAAGCUAACUACGGUUCUAACACAAAAGAAAACACUGACCCAUUUGAUAUUGUUGAAAAGUUUGAUGAACUGGAGGUGUUUGAGGACACUUUGAUCAACUUUGAUGCAUAUGAGGAUAUACCAGUGGAGACUAGUGGGUUUGACAUACCACCACCUGUGAGCUCAUUCGCUGAAAUCGAUUUAGGCAAGGCUCUGAGUGAUAAUAUUGGGAGGUGUAGAUACGUUAAGCCAACACCAAUACAGAAAUAUGCAAUACCAAUAGCAUUAGCUGGUAGGGACUUGAUGGCUUGUGCUCAGACCGGCUCAGGCAAAACGGCGGCGUUUUGUUUCCCCAUUAUUAGUGGGAUUUUGAGGGAUAAUACGAUGACGCCAGUGCCCAAGUGGGGUGUGAAGGUGGCGUGUCCUCGUGCUCUAAUUUUGUCUCCAACUAGAGAAUUGUCUUGCCAGAUACAUGAGGAGGCAAAGAAGUUUGCUUAUCAGACCGGGGUUAAGGUUGUGGUAGUGUAUGGAGGGUCAUCAAUUGAUCAGCAGCUUCGCUGUUUGGAACAGGGUGUUGACAUCCUAGUUGCCACUCCAGGACGCUUGGUGGAUAUGAUAGAGAGAGCAAGAGUUUCUCUCCAAAAAGUCAAGUAUUUGGCUUUGGAUGAGGCCGAUCGAAUGUUGGAUAUGGGUUUUGAGCGCCAGAUAAGAAAAAUUGUUGAGCAGAUGGAGAUGCCUCCACCAGGUGCAAGGCAGACAAUGCUUUUCAGUGCAACAUUUCCAACUGAUAUACAAAAGCUUGCAUCAGAUUUUCUUUCAAACUACAUAUUUCUAACUGUUGGAAGGGUUGGAUCCAGCACUGAUCUGAUUGAUCAAAGAGUUGAAUUUGUCUCGGACAUGGACAAAAGAAAUUAUUUGAAGAGUCUUCUUAAUGCCCAGUGGGCAAAUGGAACCCAUGGAAAGGCUUUGACUCUUGUUUUUGUGGAAACAAAGAAAGGAGCAGAUGCAUUAGAGCAGUGGUUAUACAAGAACGGUUUUUCAUCUACUGCCAUACAUGGUGACAAAAUACAGAUGGAGAGAGAACGGGCAUUGAGAUCUUUUAAGACUGGAGUUACUCCCAUCUUGGUAGCGACUGAUGUUGCUGCACGGGGUCUGGACAUCCCACAUGUUGCCCAUGUCAUCAAUUUUGACCUGCCCAAAAACAUAGAUGACUAUGUGCAUCGGAUUGGUCGGACUGGUCGUGCUGGUAAAUCUGGGUUAGCAACAGCAUUUUUCAGUGACAAGAACAUACCCCUCGCAAAGGCACUUUUUAAACUCAUGCAGGAAGCAAAUCAAGAAGUUCCACCCUGGCUGACUCAAUUUGCGGAAUAUUAUGGUAGUGAUGAUGAUGGCGGCCGUCAAGGUAACCGCUAUGGAGGCAACAAGUUUGGCAGCCAUGACAUCAGAAAUGAUGCCCGUGUCAUGAGUGGAAAUUAUUGCUAUUCAAGCCAGUAUGGUGAUAGUGUUGCUCCAGCUAAUUCUUAUGUGGCAAAUACUUAUGUUGCUCCUUACUGUGCUGAUUAUGCUGCUCCAGCUAGUUCCAAUUUCUCUGCAGCCAGUUCACAGAGUUAUGGGCGUGUCCAUGAUGAAUCUGAUUUUACCGAUGGUUGGGACUGAAUAUGCGGUUCUUGUUGCUCUGCUUUUGUUAAGUACCCCUAUAGCAUUAUGAUGUUAGAUAUAGUAAACAGUAGUUUGACUUCUCGGGUUUUACUAAAGACAAAUUACAGGAUGGUGACAUAAAUGACAGAAUUCAGGUUCGUAUACAUGCUUUGGGUUACACGAGUUCUUUUGUUGAUAGAUAUGAUGAGUUGUUUCUAUCUUUUUGUUUGAUCGGACAAAAUCUCAUUGGCUGUUGCUGUCAUGGAUGGAUUAACUUUUGGGAGGAGUAAUGCAGGAAGUUUAUGGUUUGGUCAUUUUUCUGUCUGUUACUGUUUGUAAAGAAGAUGAUUGCUCAAACUCUUGUGGAUCUUUUGACUAAAAUUAUAAAUGUUCUAUUUUGUGUUGGGUUCUUGUUGCGCUUUCAUAUUUG